UCUAUUUCUCAACCUGUUUUUAUUUCCUCUUGCCUUUCUGUGGGUUACUAGAACAGUUUUAGAAUUCUGUUCUUGUUGAUAGUGUUUCUGAGUAUCUCUCUUUGUAUAGGUGUCUUUGUGGUUGCUCUGAGUAAUACAGUAUACAUAUGUAACUUAUCACCAUCUACUGGUAUCAGUGUUUUAUCACUUGAGUGAAGUAUUGAAAUCUUAGUUCCAUUUAGGUCCCUUUACCCUCUUCCACUUUUUAAAUAUCACUGUUUUAUGUGUUUCCUCUAUAUGCGUUGAGCACUAUAUCAGAUAGUUUAAUGAAUUUUGAUUUAACCAUCAAAUAUUGUUUAAGAAAUUAAUGAGGAGAAAGAUAGUCUGUUAUAUUUGCUCUAUUUUUAUCCAUUCUAUUGUUCUUUCCUUUCUGAAGUUCCAAGGCUUUGUCUGCUAUUUCCUUUCUAUUGGAGAGCUUCCUAUAGCCAUUCUUUAAGGAUAGGUCUGCUGGCAACACAUUCUCUUAUUUUUCCUUCAUCUGAGGAUGUCCUUAUUUCUCCUUAAUUCCUGAAGAAUAAUUUCACCAGAUAUAAAAUUUACAGUUUGCAUUCAUUUUUUCCCAGUACUUGAAAAAUGUAACCUCCUUCUGACUCCCAUGGUUUCAGAUGAAAAUUUGCUGCUGUUCCAAUUGGUAUUCUGAGAUUUUGAUGAAUUCACUCAAGAUAAUAAUGACAUUAUGUUGAAAAACAUAGCAGAAGACCUUCGGAAUUCCUUACCUCUAGACACCAUGCUUUCCUCAGAACAUCUAGCCCUCCAAAAAAUACAGCAGCAGCCGGAACCCACAGUUCACGUUGAUGCAUUCCUUUAUGAUGAAGACUUUAUUGAUUCAUUAUGUGAGGAAGGAAAAAUGAGCAGAAACUACUGUAUGGUGUGUGGCUCACACCAGACGGCACCUUUAGGAUUUAUUUCUCACUCCUUCUCUCUCAUGGAAUUGAAGUUCAUUUAUCAGCACGUACUCCCUGAUCUGUCGGGAAAGGUCUUGGUUGACGUUGGCUCCAGGCUUGGCACAGUCCUUUAUGGGGGUUAUCUUUACAGUUCAGCAUUGCAACUAUAUGGAGUAGAAUUGAAUGGAGACUUUUGCCAGUUGCAGGAAAUGGUCAUAAAAAAAUACCAGUUCACUGACAGAGUAAAGGUGCUUCAUGCAGACAUCUGUACCCAGGGUUCCCUUCUGCAAAAUGCUGACGUGAUUAUAAUGAAUAAUGUCUUCGAAUAUUUUCUUGAUGAGGCAGAACAGGCCAGAGCCUGGGAGUAUAUCAGCCGUCAUGUAAGGAAACAAGGAUCAUUAUUAGUAACAGUACCAAGUCUUGAAGAUUCUCUCUCAGGUCUUCAGGUUAAUAUACAGUUAUCUCCCUGGGUUGAAGAGGUACCACUGAACUAUGAUGUAUACUCGGAAAAGGAUAUUGACAGGGAAGCUCUUGAACAAAUACAUUUAUAUAAGAUUCUCUAGCACUAAAAUAGUCCUACCUCAGUGUAAUGUUUUGUUGAGUAUAUUGCAAAAUAGUGAAAAAAAACAUAACCCCAAAACCCUAACACAUAUUUAUGUUUACAUAUUUGUAAGUAGUUAUAUAUGUACAUAUACAACUUUGUUAGCUUUGUGUGAUAAUUUGAUUAAAAUAUUUAU